CCCUGCAGCACUUACCUUGUCCUUUGCUCCCGCGAUGUGUCCCCUGCAGCGUCCCCGGCCAUCUCCUCCGGCCGAUGCCGGCAUCCAGCUUCUGCGGCAAAUUUGAAAUUUUAAAAAAAAUUAAAUUUUUUAAAAAAUUAUUAUUAUAUAGCAAAACAUUGCUGUUUCAAUGCAUUUCACAUAUAUUUUGUCCCUACUGCUUUGUCCUGUGCCCUGCCUACAUUUUGACUGUUCUUUCUGCCUGGAAACUUAGAAAAGUCCAUGGCGUCCAAAAAGCGUCCCUUUAAGUCAAAAUCGGUUUUAGACCAGCUAGAGAACAGCGAUAGUAAAUCAGAACCACUUGCAGAAUUGAGUGAUAAUGAUUCGUGGGGAAAUUCGUCAUCAGACACUGA